AUGGAGAAAAACUGCGACUUGGAACUUCGUCUUUUUCCAACUUCUUCUUCUAUUACCGAUUCAGAUAACUCUGUGGUAGAAUCAAGAAGCUCCGGAAAUUCAUUACCAAAAGAAGAAGAAACUCAGAGAUUAACAAUUUUCUACAAUGGAAAAAUGUGUGUUUAUUCAGAUGUUACUCAUCAUCAGGCCAAAUCGAUAAUAUCGAUCGCCAGCAGGGAAAUGGUAGAGAGGUCAUUUCCAGAUGGGUCAGAUCCUCGAAACAGGUCAACCCGAUUAAAUCAUUACCAUCAGCAGCUUCCAAAUCCAAAGGCUUCUAUGAAAAGAUCUCUCCAAAGUUUUCUUCAAAAACGGAAAAUUCGAAUUCAAGCCGAUUCACCUUACCAUCAUUCACAAUGA